AUGCAAGCCAUAGACGAGGGCUCACACUUCACAGCUUGUUAUCCGAACGGCCGUGAUGAUGAUAAACCAUGCGAUAUCUAUUGGCAUAGCGUUGUUCCGACGGAUAUGAGAAGCAUUGUGAAAUCACCUCGUUGUCGAGUGAACAAAUUCCCAGGGAUGACGGACCUCUCAAAGAAAGUCUCACUAACGCAUGCCAUUGAUUCAAUGCGGAGAAUCUUCCCAGACGACUAUAACUUCUAUCCGCCGUCGUACUUCCUUCCUGCUCACUUCGAUCAGUUCAAAAUUUUUCUUAAAUAA